AUGGCCUCCGUUCGCAUCGUCGAGGUUGGCCCUCGCGACGGGCUGCAGAAUAUCAAAAUCACUGUCCCCACGGCGACCAAACUGGAUCUUAUCGAGAAAUUAAAACAAUCCGGCCUCAAAUGCAUCGAAGUCGCCUCCGUCGUCAGCCCCAAGGCAGUUCCGCAGCUUGCGGACUGUCGCAAGGUGUUGGACUCCGCAUUGGUGCAAGGCUGGCUGCGAGAGUCGCAGGAACUUCGGCUCCCAGUGCUCAUCCCCAACGCUAAGGGUUUCCAGAUAGCCCUCGAAUACGGCGUUAAAGAAAUUGCCGUGUUCAUUAGCGCCACGGAGGGUUUUAGUCGAGCAAACAUCAACUGCACCGUCGACCAGGGAAUUGAGAGAGCCAGGCAAGUUGCUGCGGAGGCAGCCAGGCACGGGAUUGCCGUUCGAGGAGUGUUUGACAGCAGCGUCGCGGGCUUAGGAGGAUGCCCAUUCGCCCCCGGAGCGACUGGAAACGUGGCCACGGAGGACAUUGUGUACAUGUUCCACCAAGCCGGCAUCGAGACUGGGGUGGAUCUGCCUCGAUUGGCCGAAACUGGGGUUUGGAUAUCGCAACAGCUAUCCAAGUCGAAUGACAGUCGUGUCGGUGUAGCUCUUGCAUCCAAGGCACGAAAACAACCCCCGGUGGUCACCGAAAAGCCGUCAACCCCAUCCAGUCUUCCUUGGACUCUGAUAAGAGAUGCUCAGGGCGUCCUUGUCUACCGCUCUGGUGCCAAUGGGAAGAUUGUGCUCAAUACGCCUGCAAACGGAAAUGCCCUUACUCCAUCGUUAAUAUCCGACCUUCGUGGAGCAUUCGUCGAAUUUGAACAGGAUGCCUCUAUCCGUCGCAUCAUCAUCACGUCGAGUGGGAAGUUCUUCUGCACGGGUAUGGAUCUCGGAAAAGGGACUGGAACAUUUGGCGCCGACAGCAAAGAUAAGUUCAACGCUUUAACAACUCUAUUUGAACUUAUCGAUAAUUCCACCAAAGUGACCGUCGCCUGUGUAAACGGCCCAGCAUUCGGAGGGGGGGUCGGUCUGGCAUUCGUCUGCGACCUGCGCCUCAGCAUCAGCUCAGCGUCGUUCACCCUAUCCGAAGUCAAGCUUGGCCUCUGCCCAGCCGUGAUCUCGAAAUACGUUAUCCGAGAAUGGGGAGUUAGUCGUUCGAGGGAGGCCAUGAUAACAGCUCGGCCAGUUACUGCCAAAGAACUGAGGGCUUGGGGUGUUAUAUCUCACAUUGCAGAAUCCCCGUCCGAUCUGCAGCGCGCACUAGACACGUGCUUACACGACCUACGUCUAGCUUCAUCAAGCGGGAUUCGCAUGUCUAAGGAGCUGGUAAGACUCGGUUGGUCACAAGGGGGAAGUGAUAACCAGAAGCGCAACAUAACACGCUUGUUCGAAGAGAUGAUGGGUCCCGAGUCCGAGGCAGUAUAUGGUGUAAGGCAGUUUCGCGCGGCGAGACGUGCUGUGGACUGGGAUGCUCUCGCGAGCCCCAAGGCACAAUCGAAGCCAAGAUUAUAA